UGUAGUUUUAACUAAGCCACAUUUUGCUCUGGUCUGAAACCAAUGGCAAGAACAAAGAGAAACCCCUGUGGUGUAUUUUUGAAUCAUAUAAAAGAGUUUUAUUGUUUGGUCCGUGCCCAAAAGGCAGCUGGGCCUUCACUCUCUCCUGAAAAGAGAAAGUAUUUCACAUUGGAAGAUGGCACUAGAAAAUCAUCGUCAUCAUCUAAUGAUGUUCCCAAGGGACAUUUUGCAGUAUAUGUUGGGCAUGAUAGAACUAGGUUUAUCGUCCCAACAGCUUAUUUGAAUGAUUCCCUGUUCAAGGCAUUGCUGCAGAAGUCCGAGGAAGAAUAUGGGUUUGAUCAUCAGAUGGGCAUCACCAUUCCCUGUGAGAAAGUUGCUUUCAGGUAUCUGACAUCCAUGUUAGGGAAAAAGAAUCCAGAGCUUAAAAGUUUGGAGCUGGAUGAGAUCAUUAGUGCAUACUGUUAUAGAGAGAUGGACUGUGAAAGUUAGGGAACUGAGUUUUGCUCAGACAUCUUUAGCUUGAUAGAAUGUAGGCGUUUCAAUAGAAUCCGGUUGUGCAGAGAAGUCUUCAACUAACAAAAAUUAAAUGAAAUGUUUUGUUAGAUAAGUGUUGUAUAUCGUUUAUCUUUCAACUCCUUUUAACGUUUUAAAUUAUUCACACUCAC